AUGAUGAUGCCAUCGAGUUUGGGUGGCGGUAGUGGAAGUGCGAAACAUCAUCAGCAACUCAUGCAAUCUGCUUCCAUGCUGCCUUCACCUUACAAUUUUUUGCCAUCGGUUUUUGCCAAUGCGCAGUUGGACAUGCCAUUAUUCCGGCCUCCCGAAUCGAAUUUGGGAGCGAUGUAUUUAAGCCAGUUAGCGGCAGCAGCAGCUUUAAACCAGGGUCAGAAUGGUAGUAACGGUGGCACCACAAAUGAACAACAGGAGGAAACCGUUGGCGAAAAUAAUAAAGCAGAGUUGGUAGCGUCAACUUCAUCCGAAGUGGCGAUCUCGUCGUGUGACGCUGAGUCACCGUUACCACCCAAACCAUUUGGUGCUGUGGAUCGCGAAACGGAAUCUACAAACGAACGGAAUUCUGUGGAUAACGCUGCAUUAAGCCCAACGAAAGUGAAUACUGAAGACAUUGCUCUGGUAGAGAGCGAAAAUUUGCAGCCUUCAUCAGUAUCGGAAUUGCAGCAGCUUGAUCUUUCAAAAUGGAUCUCUGAUUUUUUUCCAGGAUUGCCAAAUAAUGUCUCGGCUCUAAACAUGGCUGCUCUAACACAACGAAUGCCACCGAUGCUGGAGCAGAUACAGCUGAUGAAUCAGUAUUUCUCGCCUGGAUCAGUUGAAGAUUCUCUCCGAGUCCUAGCAGCACUUGGCAGUACCAAUGGUUCUGCGGGUAUGGUUCCAUCAACAAAUUGCAGCCCAAGCUCAAUCCUCAAUUCACCAUUUGCCAGUAGUGCUGGGCAUUCGAAGGAUACCUAUUGCGAGAUAUGUGACAAGAAUUUUUGCAAUCGCUACUUUCUUCGAACACAUAAGUGGAAAAAACACGGCAUUCCAUUUCCAGGCAAAAACUCGCCAUCUGAAUGCAAUGUAACAUCACUAGCGUCACCAACCGUCCCACAGAAUCUUCCUCUGGAUUUGCCAACUACCUCGACAGGGAUAAACCUUAGUCCAGCUGAGUUUAUUGCUGCACUAUGCAAUCAGAAUGUGCUAGAUGCUUCACAGAUAUCGCCUUCAAAAACGACUUCUCAUCCAACCUCUGUUAUUGUCAAUUGUUUAUCUAGUGCGGACUCAUCACCGACCAAACGAGCAAGAACGACUGAUGAAGGAAGUAAAGAUGAUGAUGAGUUACUCGGUGCAGGCAGGUCGGAGAGUGUCAGGACUGACGAAGAAGCACUUGCAAGUGUCGCAAGUCAGUUACCAAACACGGGUGAUUUAUUCGCAAUGAUCGCUCGUCAGGCUCAGGAAAAUGCAAUUGCGCAAGAACUGUUAUCAUCAUUUAAAGCUGAUGGAAUACAAGUGCAACAACAAUCAUCACCAUCAAAGCAUUCAUCAGCCAGUAAAGAAGCAUGCGAAAUGUGUGGACAGGAGUGCGAGAACCGAGCGACCCUGCAGCAUCAUCUCUUAUUACAGCAUAAUAUCUUGAAUAGUUUUCUUAGCUCAUUCAACUUAUUGUCUCCACUGAGUCAGUUACAGCCACAACAGCAAUCACAAAAACAGCAGAAUAAUCAGGAUAAUGAUGCAGACCGAUCUCGUAAUGCAACGGCUAUGCCAGGAAUGGUUACGUCCCCCAUCAGUGCUUCACGACAACCGAAAAAGCAGUAUACAACAACGGGCAAGAAUUAUUGCGAUGUUUGCAACAAGGAAGUAUGUAACAAAUAUUUCCUUCGAACGCAUAUGCUCAAAAUGCAUGGCAUUGUCAUUGAUGAGCACAAAACAGUUAUUGCAAAUAUCGAUACUUUAGAGAAGGAGAAGUCUGGCACGAUCGCUUUUCGCUGCGAUAUUUGUAAUACAAAUGUAGGACAAACUCGUGAAUCUUUAAAGCAACACAAGCAGGAAGUUCAUAAUGUUGUGUCACUGCCUACGUCACGUGGUCAUCGUGGAUCUCUCAGUUCUACCUCAAGUAUUACCAGUACAUCGACUCUCAGUCAAGCUCUUAAAACUGCAGAUCAAAGUGGAAAUAAUAUUGAUCAAUUGCGAUGUCCGCUCUGUGAUGUACGAACCAUCGGUGUGGUAGCAAUGCAGAAACAUCUUAGUGAGAAACACAGAAUGGAUAUGGGCUUGGAGUCACUUGAGGGUUUGUUAAAGGAUGCUUAUGAGAUUAAAAGUGGACAAAGUGCUGCAACGCUUGGUGGAUCUCUUGCGACGAACUUGCAGCAACAAAUGAUGACAGAACGAGGUGAAUUCACUUGCACACAUUGUGCAGAUAUAUUCAACGACCAAAUUCAGUUUCAGCUGCAUAUGAUCCACAAUCAUCCACUGGUUAUUCGUAGUCCAGGAGAGACGGGUUCUCCUGCAGUAACAGCUCAUAAUAUGGAGCCGCUUUGUACACAGUACAGUUUCCAUUUCUCUAGUAUGGCAGAUUCGUGGGUUGAUUCAGGAGGGAAACCUGCAAAUAGAAGCACAGAAGACAUGAAAGAGGAUGAAACGUCGGGAGAUGAGCAUCAAGUAGCGCAGAAAGUUCAAAAAUUUUUUGAUUGUCCAGUGUCUUGGUGUCCACGACGAUAUCUUAAUCCUAUCAUACUGAGCAAGCACGUUUCUAUCGUUCAUCAAUGGCGACUGAAGUUUUCAUCGAAGAAUGGAAAGAAUAAAUCUCAUGGUGUUAUCUCGUCUCGCAAAUUAUGGAAGAAACGUUACAUUUGCUUGUUCGAAGGCUGCAAAUACCGCUUUUGGUCACGGGACUAUUGCGAAAAACAUCUUUUAUAUCACAUUGGAAGUCAAACAAAUAAUAAAACGGGAUCGAAAGAACCAGUAGUGAAUGGUGCGACAGAAAAUGGACGAAGUCAAGACAUCACUAAAUUGGUUGGAGUGAGGAAGGGGAAAAUAAUGUUGAAUUUGGAAAAUGGUAGCAACCCAAAAGAUCAUGGACGAAAUACUCAUACGCCAAAUUCGCCAGAUUCGGAUGCGAUGCCAGAGGGACAUGGACAACUAUCUACAAAUAGGAAACCUUAUACGGUUCAAACAUUUCUGGUAAGAGAGCAAUCAUCUCAACCAUCUUCUUCAACAAAUGGUUCAACAACAGCAGUAGGUGUUGUUUUUGAUGAAAUGGUUGCACAUUUGCCAGUGCGGAACACAGUGCAAGAAAUGGUGCGAGUGAAUGUGGAACUUGUACCAGCACCUCUACAGAUAUCACCCAUCUUGCAUUUAUGA